AUGGCCGAUAGCUCCUACAACUACCUGUUUAAGUACAUUGUCGUCGGCGACACGGCUGUAGGAAAGUCCUGCCUGCUUCUGCAGUUUACUGAGCAGCGCUUCCAAAACGCGCACGAUAUGACAGUAGGCGUAGAGUACGGUACUCGAACGAUAGAGGUCGGGGGGAAAAAGAUCAAGGCUCAGAUUUGGGAUACAUGUGGCCAAGAGUCUUUCCGCUCGAUCACGCGCAGUUACUAUCGUGGAAGCUGCUGUGCCCUCCUAGUAUACGACAUAACCCGCAGAGCAAGUUUUGAACAUGUUGCAAACUGGCUCGAAGAAUGCCGCACCUAUGGUGGCGACAAGACCACUAUUCUCCUCGUGGGUAAUAAGACCGACAGAGAGUCCUCUCGCAUGGUCACCUACGACGAGGGGGAGAAAUUUGCUAAAGAAAACAACCUCUUCUUCAUUGAGACGUCUGCCAAGACGAACAGCAAUGUUGAGGAGGCGUUCAUGAUAAUUGCCAAAGCUGUUCUCGACAAGGUUAAUUCCGGAGAAAUAGACAUUACGGAUGAAUCCUGUGGUGUGAAGGCGGCGUCUACGUCAAAGAACACAGUCAACAUGAAGACUGAAGCACCCUCCAAGGAGAGUGGUGGAUGCGGAUGUUGA